AUGCCCGAGACUCUAUAUCUUCCCAAAGACAAGCUUGGACUCAGUGGUGAGCCUUACUCGAUGUCUGAUGAUCUUGUCCGAGCCAUUAUCGCUAUUCGGUGCAAUUCGUUGCUCAGAGGGCAUUCAGCAAUUCGGCUGGAGUUGAUCAAAGUUCUUCUUCAGUUUUUGUCCAAGGGCAUGUUGCCGAUGGUUCCCCUUCGAGGGAGUAUAUCAGCGUCUGGUGAUCUCUCACCAUUAUCUUACCUGGGUGGUCUGCUCGAAGGCAAUCCUGAUAUAUGGGUCAGGUAUGUCAAAGAUGGCGUACCGCAGCUAGUCACAGCCUCUGCAGCUCUAAGUACACUCAACAUCAGAGAGAUUCAUUUACAGCCAAAGGAGGGUCUCGCAAUAAUGAAUGGAACGUCAGUCAGCGUUGCCUUAGCUGCACAAGUGGUUUUCGACAGCAACAACCUUGCUGUAAUUUGUCAAGUUAUUACAGCCAUGACCGCAGAAGCCUUGUUGGGUACUCCAGAGAACUACUGCGAGUUUAUCAGUGCUUGUAGGCCUCAUUAUGGACAGACAGAGGUAGCUCGGAAUAUUCGAGCGUUUGUGGCAGAAUCAAGCCUUUGUCGGGAGGGAAACAGUCGUGGAGGUCUUGCACAAGAUCGCUACGCCCUCCGCACUGCAUCACAAUGGAUCGGACCCCUCGUGGAGGACCUGCAGGCUGCCACUUCGCAAAUACAAACUGAGCUCAAUUCUACCACUGACAAUCCUUUGAUUGAUUCAGAACAAAGUCGAGUUUACCACGGGGGCAACUUUCAGGCUGUGUCUGUAACUUCAGCCAUGGAAAAGACGCGUACUGCGUUGGUAAUGCUAGGGAGGUUGCUUCUUGCUCAGUCAAACGAACUCGUGAACCCUUACCUCAGUCAUGGUUUAUCUCCAAAUUUAGUCGCUGACAAUCCCAGCACGUCCUUCACAGGCAAGGCAGUUGAUAUCAACAUGACAGCGUACUUCUGUGAGCUUGCAUUCUUUGCUAACUCAGUUGCCAGCCAUGUACAAACAGCAGAGAUGAACAACCAGUCGGUAAAUUCACUAGGAUUAAUUGCCGCCCGAAUGACUCAGAAGUCCAACGACUUGGUUUCCAUGAUGGCCGCAAGUAUUAUGUUCUUGCUGUGCCAGGCUCUAGAUCUUCGGGCACGAGAUAUGGAUUUCUUCCUAAAAGCACGCCCUGUUUUACUAGGAUUAUUUCAUGCCCGAUGCUCAGCUGUCAUUACAUCAGAAUGUACUCAGAACCAGAACCUGGAUACUUUGUUCGAUGCACUAUGGGCGAGCAUUCAGAAGAUUUGGGCCAUGAAUAGCCGGCUCGACAUUCAAGAACGGUGCAAACAGACUAUUAUUCAUGCAGCAGAUGAUUUACUUAACAGAGAUGAGUAUAUAUCUGUGUGGAAUUGUAACAUUUCUCUUGUUACUUCGUUGCACUACUGGAAAUCAGAGGCCGCAAUCUUGUUUCAUUCACGGUUUCUCGACGUGGAUGCUGAGUUUUGUAAGUGUCAAUCCACCUCGAGAUAUCUUGCGCCCUUUACGUCGAAAAUUUAUCAAUUCAUCCGAAACGAUCUAUGUGUUCCCUUCCAUUUGGGUUUCUCAGAUCAUCCGUCUAUUGCUCAGCAAAGGGAUGGCGGAAGUAAGCCUACCCGGACUAUAGGCUUUUCAGUCACAAAGAUCUUUUCUGCCGUACAGGAUGGAACUUUGUCUAGUAGGAUUCAGGUCGCUAUGCCCGUUCCGAUCUCGCCUGCUAGCACUUAA